AUGUCUUCUUCUCCUCCUCCUGGCAUUUUCUCUUUUUACUUUUCUGACUUCAAGGAGCUUCCGGACCAAGCCAAAGCAUGGCUUACCACUCUGGACAACAUAAUCAUGGAUGUGCCUGCACUCGACACUCUCAAGAAGGUAUGGCACCACUGGGUGGACAUGUUUGUGCUUACUUUGACUGAGCUUCGCAUUUGUUCCCCUUUCAUCGCCACUCCAGUUUUUGGCAUUAUGGCCAGUAUGCUUGAUUGGCUAAUGUUCCACUCGUGGCCCAAGUUCGACCUAUGGCUUGCUGCUGCAAUUGGCCAUACUGAUCUCGCAGCCUUUCACUCAGCCUCCACCAAAGCUUCCUUUAUGGAACUGCACACCAAAAUGACAGGGAUAGUCGAGAUGGUGGACUGA